AAACCUAACCUCAGCCUCAAUUAUCACCUUCUUUGCCAUAGCCCUUUCUUUUCUCUACUCUUCCCCCAUUUUUUCUUCUUUAAUCCCUCGCCUAUAUCUUCAGAAAAUUAGAUCUGCUUCAGAUCUAGGGUUUCCCUUUUCCAAAUCACGAGUCCGUUGAGUUUGAUUUUGUGGAUGAAAGCAUAGGGAUAGGGCUUUUGCAAACCUCUCCAAUGUUUCUCGAAAUUAUAUGACCAUGCGUCGAAUUCGUAUGCUGCACUCCUUCUCCGUCGUGUUCCUCUACUGGUUCUACGUUUUCUCAUGAACUCCCUCUCAAAUCCGUAAUUAAUUAGAUCGAUCUCCUUCCGUAGUUAAUCCUUGUCUCUUUUUCAAUAAUUAAUUAGAUCUGCGUCUCCUAUUUCCUUUUUUUGUUUUGUUCUGUUAUCAAAAUCAAAUAAAAAAUCUCCUUCUCGGAAAUGGCGUCGUCAAUCCAACAACAACGCUCGACUGCAACAAGUUCUGGAUCUGAAGGAGGAGGAGAUCCGCAAAUGAUCGACGAGAGGAAGCGGAAGAGGAUGCUGUCGAACCGCGAGUCGGCGCGGCGAUCGCGGAUGAGGAAGCAGAAACAGCUGGAGGAUUUGACCGAUGAAGUUAGCAGAUUGCAAGGCGCGAACAAGAAGCUGGCGGAGAACAUAAAGGCAAAGGAAGAAGCAUGCGUGGAGACCGAAGCCGCGAACAGCAUUCUGAGGGCUCAGACAAUGGAACUGGCCGAUCGAUUGCGCUUCUUGAACUCCAUCCUUGAGAUCGCUGAAGAGGUCGAGGGAUUAUCCGUUGAGAUUCCCGAGAUUCCAGAUCCUCUCCUCAAGCCCUGGCAGAUUCCUCAUCCCAUACAACCGAUUAUGGCCACCGCAAACAUGUUUCUGCGUUGAUAAUUUCUUUUGCUCUUUCUCGUUUGGGGAUUUUAGUUUAAUUAGUGUGGUAACUUUUCUCUGUUAUGUGUAUUAUUACUAUUAGUGUUAUCUGUUUGUGUCAAAAAUAUCGUGUGGUCCGCAAUGCAUUGGGUUCCUGAGAGAGAUGAAUGUGAGGUCAGGUACAGGGUGUUGAUGGCUGGUAGUGGCAGUGUCCCUUUGUGCGUCUUGUAAUCGUUUUUAAAUAGUCGUGUUUUAUUUUAAUCAAAAGCAAUCAUCUUCAAUGGUGGUUGUUUUAUUUUUAUUUAUAAAUUCUCAUGUGCGAAA